CCAACAGAGAAUGUGCUUCACUUUAUUAUUCCCGACAAAGUCAUGAACUCUCAGCUCAGAAAGGCUCAUCUUUGGGUCCACAUGAAAUACCUCGAGAGUUAUAGAAAGAGUGGUGUUACCGUUCACAUAAAUCAAGUGGUCCAGGGAACUGAAUCCUAUAGAUUGUUACAGAUUUUGGUUAAAAAUAUCAACCUGAGAAAACACCGAGGGCACUGGAUCAAACUUAACAUUCGUAAAGUCGUUUCGCAUUGGAUACACCAUCCUAAAGAAAAUCUUGGGUUGGUUGUUCAAAUUGAUGACAACAUGGGCAACAUCUUUCCUAUUACCAAUUCAUCUGAGAAUGAUGAUGAGUCUCACGUAAGUGUUUUUACGUGCUGUAAGCUCAAUAUAGUAAGUUAGAUCACAA